GUUACUCCCAAAAAUAGAAAAAAAGUAUUUUUCAGCAAUUACAGCGUGUACAGUGCGACUACGGAGGAAGACGAGUCAAACUGCUUGUCAUGGUUGAAGUAUGGAAUAUUUGCAACCAACAUAGUUCUUCUGGUGGUGGGUGGCCCGUUAUUGGCUAUGGGAGUAUGGUUACGGACGGAUAGCAGAUUCAGAGACUUCGUCAGUGAAAGGUACCGCCAAGCUGUAGGAGAAGCUUUUUGGGAAGCUCCAACUUUAUAUGCAUUCUCGUAUAUAAUAAUCGUACUAGGCUGCUGCAUGAUUGUUAUAUCAUUCUUUGGUUGCUGUGCCGGUAAUGACGGCAGUCGAGUUCUGCUCAUAUUAUAUUCUGUAGCGCUGUUUCUACUUCUCAUAGCAGUUUUGAGCUGUGGAAUAUAUCUAUUCUAUAAGAGAGAUUCGGUCGAUGUUGAAUUAUCGGAUGCCUUGAACUAUAUGGUUCAACACUAUUAUCAAGGUCCAGGUAUUGUGCAGGAGUCUCUCGAUCAUCUGCAGACUACUUUCCGUUGUUGUGGAAAUGCUGGAUGCGCUGACUUUCGCGUAUUUCGACAAGAUCCACCUCGCUCUUGUGACAUCAGAUGUGACGGAUGCCACUACCGAAUUUGGGUCGCCCUCAGUAUUGGUCUCUCUAUAACGUUAAUAGUUUUCUUUGCUGUCAUCGUGUCUAUCAUUCUAGCGUUAGUGUUCUCCCUUUACCUCAUCUUCACCCGUCCUAAGGAAAUUCGUGUGGUAAUGGCGAGACCGACCCUAAAAAAAGAGGCGCUUCAGCGUCACAACCUAUCUUAUGGCUUGCGGAAAUAG